CUGAUUAUUCAAUUAUAGCAGCGGCUUUGGCGCUCUUCAUCUGCGGCAACGGCUGCUGCCAUUCACAAUUUAGUGUCUCAUAAAUUAUGCUGUUGCUGCCACACGGUUAUCAUUGUGACCGCGCACACAACCCACCGCCCUCCCCCGGGACACGGCCACGGGCAUGGACACGAUGGGCACAUGACGGAAGAGCAUUGAAAACAACACUACCGCAUGGAAACCAAAACGAAACCCAGCUGGCACAGACUUUGUACUCGGGUUGGUGACAUUUCGGAAAUUGUUCAAGCUUCGGUUCAUUCCACACCCGCUUACACAAGACACAAUUUGUUUUGUUUGUUACUUUUACAUUUUACACGAUUGAUUCUGCGAUGGCAGUGGUCAGGCCAACGGUUAGACCGAUGAAGGCGGUUCGUGUCUGUUUCCUCCGAAAUGGGGAUCCACACUUCAGGGGCGUCACACUGUCCGUGUCCCGGUACCACUACAACGACUUUGACAUACUCUUGGGGCACGUCACCAAAGCCCUGCACUCACAUGUGGUGCUGUCAUCGGCAAUCGAAUAUAUUUGGCGCAUCGAUGGCACACCGAUAAGCUUUCUGGACUCCUUUCUGGACGGGGACGUUGUCGUCUGCUGCUGCCGGUACGAGAGCUUCAGCAAAAUGGACUACUCUGUUAACAGACAUUUUGGGCGGCUGCAGGCGGCGAUCCGUCGCUGGAAGGUCUGUAAAGAAGCACUGCCCAAGGACCUUUCCGACUCCAUUUUGCUCUACGUGGACAAACGCCAAAGUUUGGUUAGCAAUGAGAGGACCGCCAUCUGCAUGGCUGAGCCCAAGUCGAAGCAAAUGGGCAGCUGCAUUGUCAAGGUGGUGAACGAGGCGUUCAUGCAGAGUCUCGAUGCCAAGUACAAAGAGAUGGAGAUCAUGCGCAAGCUGCAGUCCCAUCCGAACGUCGUUGAUCUGAUAUUCACCGUGCACAGGCCGAAGGACUCCCACACCUUCCUUGUGAUGGAGUGCAUGGCCUGUAGCGUGCAAGAUUUGAGGAAGCUGCACGGCAGCAUUCCCGAGCCCACAGCCAAGCGGAUCAUGCGAGACGUCGUCUGUGGCCUGACCCACAUUCACGGAUGUCAUGGUGCUGGCAAUGCGGACUUCGAUUUUUUGGUUGCUAAGAUUGCAGACUUUGGAGCGGCCAUUUAUUUCAAGGAAAGAGCGGCGGAGGACUACGUUGGGACACCAAAGUACAUAGCUCCCGAGAUGAUUAUUGGCACCGGAUACGACUACCGAGUGGAUACCUGGGCCGUCGGGGUCACUCUCUUUUGCAUGUUGUUCGAUGAGGAACCCUUUGGAAAGGGGUGCAAGGAGCCUGAUGCCAUCUGCCACGAAAUUGUGGCUCGUGGGCAUACAUUUCCCUUGGAACUUAAGGACAGUGUCAGCAAGGAUGCCAAGGAUCUGAUUGAUGAGCUGUUGAUGAAGAACCCAAGCUUCCGCCCUACUUCCGCUGAGAUUUCCAAGCAUCCUUUUAUGCUCAGGGAAAUCAUAACAGAUUUUAAAGCAUUAGAAAAAAUAGCAGCCGCCAGUUUUAUCUCUGGGCUCUAUCUCUAUCUGUAUCUGUAUCUGUAUCUCUAUCUGUAUCUGAGAGCAUCGCCAAUCUGCAGUGUGGUGCGGAGUACUUCUCUUUGCUGA